AUGGAGGAGGAGAAGGAAGGGGAUAUUAGGGUUCCGCUGGUCUUCACCGUGUUCUGCCUCAGCGUCACCGCCGGCGGGGUUUUCCUCGUAAUCUACGUCUUCUUUCCAGGCUACUCCCAGGCGUGGUACCCAAUCGCCGCCCUCGUCCUCAUCGCCUCGCCCUGGAUCUUUUGGCUCCUCACCUACAUCUAUGCCUGCAUCAAGGGCUGCUUCUGCCGUGACGGAGGAGGUGCCGUCCCACACCAGAUUUCAAGGCGGCAGACAACCAGGAACGGCUCAUCUGCCACCGCAACCCAACGGGUCGGGUCGUCCAGGGAACCCGAGAUGCCCUUGGCAUAUUCCGCUUAA